GGAGGCAGAUGACGUACGGAGGGAAGAGGGGGAGGAGGAGGAGGAGAAUGGGGAGGAGGAGGAGGAGGAGGAGGAGGAGGAGGAGGAGGAGGAGGAGGAGGAGGAGGAGGAGGAGGAGGGGGAGGGGGAGGAGGAGGAGGAGGAGGAGGAGGAGGAGGAGGAGGAGGAGGAGGAGGAGGAGAAGGAAGAAGCAGAGAGCACAUCAGCAGCAACAGCAGUAGCUUGGAGCAGGGUGCUGGCCCGGUUGGC